AGUGAACUGGAAACCCAGCGCAUCCCCGCACACGCAUUGUACUGGAGACUGAGGGGCAUCCCACCUCACACAUAUCACUACUGGACCCGCCAGCACGUCCCGUCAUCCCUCGUGAUCACAAGCCAAAUAUUCAGGAUCAUCCGAUAAAUCCAGAAGGGAAAACAUUUUUGGGUGUGAUUUUGAUUUUCGCAAGGUCUUUAAACAGUGGAUAUGGAUAUGCUGCCAUGUUAGAGUUGCAACGAGUUAUUUAUAGGCGUGUAUGUCUUGCCGUGUGAGAGCUCUGAUCUAAAAUAUUUGUAUUAGACGUCUCGCACACGGCGCUCCUCUUCUUGACCGACUCGUCACUUCCAAGAACGCUGGGACAACAAAACUGGCUCCACUCUUCACGGAGCUUGUUUUGAAUUCUGAAUAUUCUUUCAAUUUCGUCUCGGACCCAUUGAAGGACUGAUUACCCAUUUGGGGCUUUUCAUCAGUGAGACUGGUUACCAUCCUCUUUUUUUAUCCCCCUUCCUUUUUGUCUUUUUUUCUUCUUCAAUUUUUCGGACUGAAGCCCUCUCCCUCAGUUCUUUACGCAUGUGGGGAGAAAUAAGUGGUGACACCUGAUCGACUGACACCCACGCUCACAUUGACCCGGGAGCUCUAGGCGAAUCAGGGACGGAGAACGCAGAUACCCGGUCAAUGCUCGGCCUGUGCGUUUGAUUCUGUUUUUGCGCGUUUCAUUUGUCGGGAUUGUAGCCCAAUCAAAGCCAUGGUCCACUGCGCCGGCUGUGAGAGGCCUAUCCUGGACCGCUUUCUACUAAACGUGUUGGACAGAGCCUGGCAUGUCAAGUGUGUGCAGUGUUGCGAGUGCAAAUGUAAUUUGACAGAAAAAUGUUUUUCUCGAGAAGGAAGACUGUACUGCAAAAAUGAUUUUUUUAGGCGGUUCGGCACCAAGUGUGGCGGUUGCUCCCAGGGAAUCUCUCCAAACGACCUUGUCCGAAGGGCCCGGAGCAAGGUUUUUCACCUCAACUGCUUCACCUGUAUGAUGUGCAAUAAGCAGCUCUCCACCGGGGAGGAGCUGUACAUCAUAGACGAGAACAAAUUCGUUUGCAAAGACGAUUAUCUAAGCAACGCCAGUGUAAAAGACACAAAUCUCCUUUCAGUAACGGCAUGCAGCGAUCCCAGCUUGUCACCGGACUCUCAAGACCAGCUCCAGGACGACGUUGUCUUAAAGGACACGGAGAUAGCCGCCUUGUCCGACAAGGAAACUGUCAACAACGAGAACGACGACCAGAACCUGGGAGGGAAGCGACGUGGCCCGCGGACCACCAUCAAAGCCAAGCAGCUGGAGACGCUCAAGGCGGCGUUUGCCGCCACCCCCAAACCCACCAGACACAUCCGGGAGCAGCUGGCCCAAGAGACUGGCCUCAACAUGAGGGUCAUCCAGGUCUGGUUCCAGAACAGACGUUCCAAAGAGAGGCGUAUGAAGCAACUGAGCGCCCUGGGAGCCCGGAGGCAUGCGUUUUUUCGGAGCCCGAGGCGGAUGAGGACGCUAGUGGACCGAUUGGAGCCCGGGGAGCUCAUCCCCAACGGGCCUUUCUCCUACUAUGGAGAUUAUCAAAGUGAGUACUAUGGUCCAGGUGGGAACUAUGAUUUUUUUCCUCAAGGGCCUCCGUCAUCACAAGCCCAGACCCCAGUCGAUCUCCCAUUUGUGCCCUCCUCAGGCCCCACGGGCACACCCCUUGGAGGUAUGGACCACCCUCUACCGGGCCACCACCCAUCCAGCGAGGUACAACGCUUCUCUGAUAUCAUGUCCCAUCAUCCAGGGGACUCUCCAAGCCCAGAACCUGGCAUCCCGGGGCCCUUGCACAGCAUCUCCUCUGAAGUGUUCGGUCCUAGUCCGCCCUUUACCUCACUGUCACUGAAUGGCACUGGAUACAACAACCACCUGUCUCACCAACCCUCAGAAAUAAAUGAGGGUACUGUGUGGUAACUUUCUGGCAGAGGGGACUUUACUGUCCAGAGAUUCAGCAAUGGAUGAUGGCAAGGUCUGGUGGUGUUUGGGUCUGGUGUCCAGGACAGGUACAAGGAAAUCGACAGGGUCAGGGCGGCGCCAUAUAGAUAAUUUUUGUUCUUCAUAUUUAUUUAUUUAUCUUUGCAUUGUCUCAUUUUUGUUGAUUGAUCUCUUUUAAAUGCCCUUUUGGCAUAACAAAUAUGCUCAAAUACAUUGUCUUGAGUAUUGUGUUUGUGGGUUUUUCCAUUGCUUUGAACCUUUUAUGGAAGUUACAUUCACAAACUGGACUUUCAAAAGAAAGAGAUGAAGUAAUAAGGCAGAGAAAAGGAAAAACGAACUGGGUGAGACUGAUUCCAUUCAUCCUCUAUUUGUACUGAAGAAGACACCCUGUCGCCCCUGCUGAUUCUUGUCAGUGGCGCACCAGUGCCACCAAACCUGUAACACGUACUGCUGUGUGAAAGAAACAAAACAAAACAAAACAAACAAAAAAAGCAUCCCUCUCUGAACCUCUUAUACAAUGUUCCAAACACUAAAGCAUCACUUGCUACUGUUAAAGACUUCAAUAGCUUUAAAGAUAUAUUAAAGGACUGAGAGUCAUUUUGUUAUGUCCUGACCUGGCACUGUAGGAAGGCUGAGCGUAACGCAGACUGUAUCAGAGGCACUAGAAAUGUCUACAUUAAUUUAGAAGCUCCUCAGCUCCUUGCCUACCAAGGCUCAGCCAUACUGACAUUUAACCCUUUUCACACUGGGAAAAGGCAGAGGACAUAACUAUUUUAAUCUCCACGUGGACUAUCUAUUGGUUUUGGUUUCAGAAGUUACAUUACAAGAUGGCCGCCUUCAAAAGGCAGGCCAGAAAAAAAAAACAUCUAUGGAUUGCAAACCCUUUAUUUGUAAUGGAAGUGAACUUGAAUUGUUGAAAUGAAGUCUACCUUCUAAAAAUCUUCUACUGGGGUUCUGGGACUUAGUACAGUCAACUGUUUACGUAACCUAUUUAAUUCAGGAGUCCAUAAGUCUCGAAAACUAUGUUUUAAAAUCUCUUGAUCCAGAUAAAAAUGUUCCAAGCAACCAACCAAACUUUUGUAUUGAUUUCAUUUAUAUUGUAUGGAGAUAAAAACACAUUUGCUGGGGUUGUGGUUCACUGUGCUAGUUUGUACAAUAUGUUGUUUACAGAAAAGGUUAAAAAUGAUAAAAACAUAAGUAAAGUAGACAUUUGCCAAUUUUGAAAAAAUAGCACAAAUACUGUUACAGUGCUUUGCACCAUUAUCACAGUAUGUGUGAGAGAAGCUGUACAUGUUUAAAGCAGUAAUUGACUUCUAAUUCUUUUUUAGUCUACUCACGAUGAAUAAAUAAAAUAGUUAAUAUAACAUGCUUAGGUUUUAUUUUUGUGUCUUCAAAGAAGAAAAAUUACAACAAUUAAAACGGAUGGUCAACUAUGCAGCUAUUAGCUGCCAUAUCUUCUUGAACAUCAAGCCCCUGAUGGUAUGUCUUUUAUUGUUCCAAUAAACCUAAGCUCAUGUGACCUCCAGUGCAUAUUAGACCAUUCACUGUAUAAAUCCAACAUGUUGAAAAAAUGUGUUUCUAAUAAAACAACAAAAUAUACAGAUGUAUUUUCUAAGAUAUUUUUUGAAGCUACUAUUCUACACUCUAAAGAUAUAUUCUAAAUAUAUUUGAAGUCACACUGAAGGUCGAAAUAUUCAUACAUGAACAUGCUAUACAAUCCAGCUUUGCAGUGUCAUGUUUGUUUGGCUAAUCUUUUAUUGUCUAGUUGGAAAUGUUCUCUUUUUACGAUUCCACUGAACACUUCAAAGACAAAUUAAACAAGGGUUGGAACAAAAAAAAU